GUGACUCGGUCAGUUGACAAAGCAAAACACGGCAGUAGAACAGAAAAGAAAAAAAACAGGCGACAUGGACCACCACCGGGUCGACAGGGUGGGCCUCCUGUCUCCUCUCGAGGAGUCCAGCGCCGAGAUAAGCAGAGACAGCGGCAUCGUGUCCCAGAGCGCUAGCAGUCUGUCCAUGGUGAGCGACAUCCUCAGCAGCGGGACGGUGUCGCAGAGCCCCAGCUUCGGAGCGGCGGCGGCGGUAGCGGGGGUAGCUAACGUCUUCCCGCGGAGCGCGAGCCUCGACGAGGCGGCGGAGCGCGAGGCGAGCGAGCAGCACAACUCGGAGCAGGACGACGAAGUCCUGAGACAAACCGCCCUCGAGUACUCGUCCUACGUCCGGGCGACGGCCGGAGAGGAGAUCUUGUGUUUGGAGAAAAGCUUGGAAGAAAUGCUCACGAGAGUAGAUGAGUUUGUCGGGAUGCUGGACAUGAUUCGUAACGAUACCUCCCAAAUAGUGAAUGAAAAUCUACCUCAAAUCCAACAGAAGGCCGACGAGAUGAGACAAAUUUACAGAAAAAUCGACAAAUUAGAGGCCUUUGUAAAGAUGGUGGGAGCCAAUGUAAACGCAAUGGAGGAGCAGGUCACGCAGGCAGAGGGAGAGUUAGGAGCACUACCCAGUGCUUUCAAGAAGAUCCUCCGCACAAUGAGUGUUCCCGGCUUCUUAAAUAAACAGACCAGCCCACGAAGAACAGCAGCACAUCAGCGCCAAGAGAUCCCCAGUGUGUUCCGGACAGAUGAUUAUUUCACAUCCCGGGCAGAACAGUGACAGAGCUGAACAUUUAAGAGAGAAGUUGAUCCUAACCUCUGAGGCCUGCGGGUUAAACCUUACACACAACUUCUACUGCCAUCCCUUGGAAGAGGAUCUAUCGGUGCAGUGGCCUCAAAGAAGCAAUAGCAGCCUUUUUGAACAAUUCACUGGAAGUCAAGUGUGUGACGACAUUCUUCAUUAUUGGGUGCCGUUUUACUGGCAGCGAUGAGCACUGAACUGUAGCAACAUGGUUUUAGAAGUGCCUAAAUGGGUCCCAUUUCUUUCAGUUUAGUUUUCCUAAGGAAACGGUGUUACGUUAUACAGUCGGGAAGCCAAAGUCCCCCCACUUGCCAAUAGAACACUGUAAAGAUGGGAGUUUAAGAGCGGCUGUAAAAAGCUCUUAGAUAAAAAAAAUUACUCAAGAUUUUUCUUUUUUUUUAAUAGGAAUUGUGUUUUCGCCAGUGCUCUCUGGAAGGACCUGCAAUCUGUUCUGAACUAGCCUGUAUUUCUGUAUAUUUCUUCUAUUUCCCCAUACAAUAUUGAUUUGCCCAGAUAAAUAUUUAAUGUCUUCCAUUUUAUCUGGUCACGUCUGACUGGCUGUGGAGGACACUUGCCGCACUGACAGUGGGCUACAUUGUUCCUGGCACCUUUUUCAAAAAAAGCACAGACAAAAAAAGGUGAAUUGUUUUAGUUUCACACUUGACAUUGAUAAUGAAAUGUUUUUUGCCAAGGAUGUACUUGUGAUUGAAUUUUUUUAAAAGUCACUGGAGGUGCCAUUGAUCUUGCCUCAAGAUGGUGUGGCCCCUACCCUCACAACAUGGCAGCGGUAGUAACAGCUAUAUGGUUAUUUGCCAAAAUAGUUGGUAAAUUAUUUCUCAUUUGCAUAUUGAUUUUGAUUUACAUUUUUACAAUAAUCAUUAAAAAUAUUUAAGAAAAUGUCUCAUUAUUUCACGAGCCAUUAUUUAUUAAAUGUGUUUUUCAAG